UCCUGCUUUUAAAUGCAUUUUUUUUUUUAAAUAAGUUAAUGAAAUAUUUAGUGGUAAUUGAGCAAAAAAGCAGGCAGUUGAGACAAAAGCAUCUUGAGCCUGAAUGUCUCAAACAAUAACCAAAAACAUUUCUUCACCAGAUCUUAAAAAUCGUUAUCACUCUAGCCCAAAGAAGAUACAGCGAUUCCAACAUCAUGUAGUUAGUGAGGCAAGUGAUGCAGUUGUUGCAAAUAUUAAAACUACAAGUUAUAUCAAGUGGUUUUUUAUAAAUCUUUUUCUGUCAAUAUGUUUUUAUUUUGGUUGUUUACAAAAGAUUUUUUUUCACUUUUGGCUUUUUGACUCAAAUUUGUUACAGUAUGCAGAUUAUGGCUUUCUGUUUUUCUGCCUUUGGAAUACAUUGAUAAAUUUUUUAUUAUUUUGCUCACUAUCAUGGAGCAAGUUAUCUGUUCAAAUGAAUCUUUGCCAAAAGAAACUUCUUGGUAUUCGGUUUGAACAUGAAAAUUUAGUUCAUAUUACAGAUGAUGUGACUAAUUUAAACCUAAGAAAAGCACCUGAGCCCUCAACAUUGUCAUAUCCUAUAAGAAGAACUCCCCCUCGUCCUUUACGAUCGUCUCCUGGGAAUUCUCCAAGUCGUUCUCAGUUUUCACCGAGUCGCACUCAGUUUUCUCCUAGUAGAAAUGUCAGUCAAUCAUAUUCUUAUCCGUACACAAGCACACCCUCUCCAAUCUCUUUUCAUGAUAAUAGCUCACCAACAACUUUAUUAAAUAGCAGCAAGUCUUCUCCAGCAGCACUGAACACAAGUGGAGCAAAAAAGACACCAAGAUCUGGUUCUUUUUUGGGAAGAGCUAAUAUUUGUGAAGAAGAACUACUUGACUAUGAUGCUGUAGAAAAAUUUAUUAAUAAAGAGGAGAUAACUGAUCAAAGAACACGAAGAGCUCAACCUGAACCAUCGAAGCAGUAUUCUGCAUGGUCAUUUCAACGAGCAGCCUAUGAUUACUUACCUUCAUUUGGAACAUAUCAGCUUGCUAUUAAAUCACAAACUCCAUCAUCCAAAGAUGAUGAUGUUAAUGUCGAAAGUCCAUACAAGUUUGAUGAGGUUUGGAGAGAUUUGGGUUUAAGUGGUAGAAAUAUGGAUCAUUGGACUGAAAAUUUAAGAAAGUGGUUGGCUCAAUCUGUUUUGGAACCUUUAGUUAAAGAAAUAUCAAGUAUAAACACCCGCCUUACGCAACUUGGAUGCCCUGAGCUGCAUAUCGGAACUGUUAGUCAGUUAGCUUUGCAAAAUUUAGCUUCUUCUAAAACUCAACAGUUGCCAUCUUUGCCUUCUGUCAUACUUUAUUUGGAAGUCAGCACAAAUCAAGAAUAUCUUGUCAGCAGGUUAAAAGAGCUGGCUACAGGUGGUUGUUUACGCUUGUAUAAAUGGGACGGUGGAGGCACAUUUAAAAAUAAUCCAUGGAAUUCAGAUUUACCUACAGAUGCUCAGGUUCUCAUGCAUUUAUUCUGUACAUACAUGGAUACUCAUUUACCAGCUAAUCCAAGAUAUCCUUCUGGGAAAUCUUUUUCAGGGCUUUAUUUUCUUAAAACCCCUGCUAAAACAAGUGAAAAAACAAGUAACUUAUCCUUGUAUCAGUCUCGUAUACAACCUCCACAUUUUAAACUACUAGUAGAAAAUGAUGUUAUUGAUUUACCAAAAGGAAGAAAUAAUAUCUUUUAUGCAAUUGUAUUAUUCUUAUAUCAUGCCAAACGUGAUCUUCACGGAAUGUUAGAGCGUGUUAAUCUCGGAAUGUCUGGAAUCAACAUACUAUGGGUUCUCGAAAAGAAAUGAAUCAAAAAUAGAUGAUUUUAUAAAGAUGAAGACAAUUUAAUUAAUGUCAUAAUGAAGAUAUCUUAAUGAAUGUAUUAUAUUUAUAAGAGUUAAUCAGUCGCUUGCAAAA